AAACGAAAACAGAAAAAGAAAACGAAAACAGAAAAAGAAAACGAAAACAGAAAAAGAAAACGAAAACAGAAAAAGAAAACGAAAACAGAAAAAGAAAACGAAAACAGAAAAAGAAAACAGAAAAAGAGAAAACAGAAAAAGAAAAAGAAAACAGAAAAAGAAAAAGAAAACAGAAAAAGAAAAAGAAAACAGAAAAAGAAAAAGAAAACAGAAAAAGAAAAAGAAAACAGAAAAAGAGAAAACAGAAAAAGAAAAAGAAAACAGAAAAAGGCCCAAAAAUCAAGAGCUGUACAUUUCUAGCACCUCAAUCUACAUUCAGAACCCCAAACAGAAGACCGAUGAUGCCUUUCUCAAAGGUAACUGCUACGGGUAAAGAUCAUCUUUAAAAGGGAACAUGGAUUUAAUAAAUGCAACUGAACAAAACAGCACAUCAGAAGAACCUUUCAAAUGGGUGACAUCCAAGAUUCUCAUUUCCAUUACCCUGUCUGUGCUGGCUCUAAUGACAACGGCCAUCAAUUCUCUCGUGAUGACUGCAAUAAUUGUGACAAGAAAGCUCCACCACCCCGCCAACUAUCUAAUCUGCUCUCUUGCAGUGACUGACUUCCUUGUGGCAGUCCUGGUGAUGCCCUUCAGCAUUGUCUACAUCGUAAAGGAGACCUGGAUCAUGGGGCAGGUGGUGUGUGACAUUUGGCUGAGCGUGGACAUCACGUGCUGCACUUGUUCCAUCUUGCACCUCUCCGCCAUUGCUCUGGACCGGUACAGAGCGAUCACGGAUGCCGUGGAAUAUGCCCGGAAAAGGACACCUAAGCACGCUGGCAUCAUGAUAGCAGUUGUAUGGAUCAUAUCCAUUUUUAUCUCCAUGCCACCUUUGUUUUGGAGGCACCAGACAACCAGCAGGGAGGACGAAUGCAUCAUCAAACACGACCACAUUGUUUUCACCAUUUACUCCACAUUUGGCGCCUUCUACAUCCCUCUGGCCUUGAUCCUGAUCCUUUACUACAAGAUCUACAAAGCAGCAAAGACAUUUCACAGGAGAAGUGUCAGCCGGAUCGUGAGGGAGGAGGGCGUGAAUGGACAAGUCCUUUUGGAUGCAGGUGAAAGAAGCACCAAAUCAACUUCAAUGCCCAGCACAACAGAGAAAACCUCAGAUCCGCUGGUGAGCUCUGAUAAAAUCAACAUCACCCUACGAAGUCCCAGGUCUGAAUCCAAGCACGAGAAAUCCUGGAAAAAACAGAGAAUCUCCAGCACGAGAGAGAGAAAGGCAGCAACGACACUGGGUUUGAUCCUGGGGGCAUUUGUGAUCUGCUGGCUCCCAUUUUUUGUAAAAGAAGUAGUUGUUAAUACCUGUGAAACAUGUCACAUCUCAGAGGACAUGUCUAAUUUCCUAGCAUGGCUGGGAUAUAUAAACUCCCUUAUUAACCCUUUAAUCUACACAAUCUUUAAUGAAGAUUUCAAGAAAGCCUUCCAGAAGCUUGUACGGUGUGGGCAAUACCUUUAAGAGCUUUUGUUCAUAUAAGAACACAGUCAUUGUUUUUUAACCUGUAUAAAUUUAUAUAACUGAGAUGGCAUUUGUUGUAUUUAAGGCAAAGCACCAGGACUCUGCAUUUACAUUAUAAUGACUUUUUUUGUAUAGGUAAUAUUGGGAGCAUUGAUUGCCCAAGCUUUAAAGAGAUGGAUCAUCUGGGAUUGGUUUUGCUCUAGAAAAAGAGGUAGCUCUGAUCCAGUUGAGAUUGCACAGCUGCCUAGCUUGAAGCAUAAGGUAUUACCUUAAAUAUGAAGAAAAUAUGCACUUGAAGUAGAUGAAGAAACAAAAGUUUUUUAAAAGUAACCCUCGGUCAUCAAUGAAAUGUUAAGUAAAACAACACACACAAGUUUUAAACCCUUCUGAUAUAAGAUAGAAAAUACACCAUGGAAUGACAACAUGAUUUUAACAGUCUGGCACAGGCCUGCAGCAUAGAGCCAAGCCAUUCACAGCCAAGGGUAGUAGCUUUAAACAUAUCUACCAUCAUCCUAAGUCAGUAAGCUGCAGCCCUGCCUUUUCCCAUAGGUGACUUCCCUGUGUUACACAGCAUCUCAGCAGCAGGCAUGGGGCUCUCAUGAGUUACCAGUUUCAUAGCAAGCCAGUGUUGGGAGCCCUCUGCCAUUGCACACCCAGGGCAGAUGUGAGCAUAACCCCAAGGGAAACAGCCAAACAUCUGGGGCACCUCCAGUGAGCUGAGUACAUGGAGUGCCUGGUGCUUUGAGGCACCACUUGUGUGGGAAAGGGAAGGUUCAUAAAGCGCAGCUGGUUCUCCUUGUGGAGAUAUUAGAAGGGAGAGAAGCAGGAGACAAGGAGACUCCCCUUUCUCCAUGUCCUCACACCUGUCCAGGCACAGAGCCUGUGACCUGCGGCACCAAACCAGCCACAGCUCAUACCAGGGCUGAGCACCACUGACAGAGGGUGGCUUAGUAAGGUUUGAAGAUCUGGGGCUGACAGCCCCAGCUCAGCAUGUUCAGCCCUCCAUCCUCAGAAGCCUGAUGCCCCUGAGCCUCUUCUCAACUGCCCUAAGCACCAGGACUGUGCUCCCUUUCCAAGCAAGUGAGAAAGCAAGUGGCAGCAUGGGUCUCUGGAAAAGGCUGUGGAGCACCUUCUGCAGCAAGGGAAGAGGGAGUGACCUCAGUAUGCACUGCACCCUGGGCAGGGGAUCCUGUGGGAUGCUCACUGAGAAGCUCACCUCUAAACCCCUCCUUCUCCCAGAGCAUCCAUCCAUAUCCCCAUUCCCAGCAGAGUUAAAAAGGCAUUACAGGAACUCCAGCCCACCCUAAUUUAGUUAGUCAAAUGAACAAAUCCCUUCUAAGGCCUGAAAGAUGGCAGCUUGGCCAAUCCUGACUGAUAUGCACUAGAUGCCACACCAUGAAGCUGUUCAGAGCCACACCAAAGUCCAGGUUUUGCACUUUUCAGGACAAACAGAUUCAGGCUGUGUCACUAAGAGCCCAGAUUCAAAUUCUUUGUCAGACAUUCAGUGCUGCCUCACAGGAACAGGGACUUGAAGCUCCUUACAGGGAUUACAAACCCCACUGUCAGCAGCAGCAACCUCCUGCAAAGGUUUUCCAGUUUGGUACCUGGGCCACCAGCCUAGGAACACCACAAAGGAACCGAGAAAUGACAGCACCAUGGUCACCUUUAGCUGGGGAAAGGUGUCACUGGCCCUUGCAAUUGUUCUUCCAAGAGAUUUUCAGUGGUUUAUAUUAGACAAAAAAGUCAACACUGCCAACAAUUAUUACAAACUCUGGAGUUUGUAAUAAUUUUUGUAUUUUCCCUGCUGGCUACCAGCUGACACAACAGUUGUCAAAAGGGUUUCCUGCAAGAUGACGAGGUUUGAAACUUGAGAUACCGAACUAAUUUGUUUCUGUCACUUACAACUUACUGUAUUCUGCUUUCACAUCAAGGUCCAAAUGAAAUGCUAUUCAGAAUUAGCAGGAACAGUGCAUUUGCUGUUGAUUUUAACACAGCCAGGAAUCUAAUGGAAAGCUCACUUGUCAUACCAUGGAGCUGUAGCACAGCAGUGGCACAGCUAAAUUUUGAAGGUACUGGGAUGCGACAGAGAGGAAUUGGCUCAUGCUCAGUGCAUGCCAGCACGCUUUAUUCCCAUUGCAGUCAGAGCACAGCCUCUGCAGCCCCCAUGACCUCAGCACUGGCUGCAUUAUGCUGACAGAAAAAAUUGCUCUCAGCAUCAGCUGUGCUCUACUGUCUCCAGAAAGAGACAUGAAUUUUAGCUUUCCAAAAGGAUUAGCAGAUUAGCAGGAGGCAGCACAGAAAAUCUCACAAAAUCAUUCACUCCUGAAGACCUCUGUUUCCCACAUUUCCUGAUUCGUAACCCUGGCUGUCUUGGGGGAAUCCAUUCCUCUCCCCCUGCCACUUCCUUUAUGGCUGCUGGAGUAUAGACUAUAUUGUUUACCCUCUUACUAGUAAGAUGUUUGACAAUAUUUUGUGAAAUCAAAUUGGAAGGAAAAAUAGGGGCUGCUUUUCAGGAGGAAAGAUACUUAAAAUACUCAUUUAAAUAAUAAUGGGUGAAGCUGAAAGAAGGAACCAUAUGUAGAUAAACAGAAAAUAUCUGUCAGUUAUGCACUGUUAACAGUAUUAUAUUCUGAAACUAAUUAAGCUGCUAAACAUUUCUCAAGAUGCAGGGUGGUUUCUUUUGUACCAUUUUCACUGAGCUGUAUCUGCUCACCCUUCAGCACAGCGGUGGGAGAGGCACUACAAGAAAUCUGACCAAACAAGUGGGAAGUUAUUCCAUUAAAAGCACUUGCAGCUUGUGGACCAUCAUUU